AUGAACGUUCUGGUAUUCUCCGGACCGGAAGUCCUCCCCCUUUCGCUCACGCAGUCGAUUACUAGCCUACGGUCCCUCCUCGUCCCAAACUAUGCGGUGCAAUCAAUCACCUCUCAAUCACUUCUCUCGCAUCCGUGGUCAGACAACUGCGCACUCUUGGUCUUUCCCUCUUGCCGGAAUGCCCUCUCCAACCCUAACAUUUCCGAUCGUGUGGAAUCGUACAUCACGAACGGCGGAGCGAUCCUCUCUAUUGGUGCCCGCGUGCGUUGCCGGACUCCACACGCAAAUUCGUCGAGGACUCUCGAAGGGGCAAUGUCUAACAUCAACCUGACUGGUGAGCGGCCUAUCCGGCUUUCCAGCAAAUCAUCGGACUGCACUGUAGAUGUUUUUCUGGGCAAUGCCGAUGCCCCUUCUCGGCUUGCCGCCGUCCGCACCAAUGAUGGAGAACCCGCGACACCAAUUGUCCGUCUCGGGUCCUCGAAUCUCAUAUCAGUGAAGGGAGACGAAGGCCUCGAGGUCGUCGCGCGCUAUGCUGAUGUAGAAGACGCGGGCAUCGCUGCAGCAGGAUGCCGUAUUGGGAAAGGUCGUGCAGUCUUCUGGGACAGUCUCAUUGACUACACGCUCACUGCAGAGCCUGCGACGUCUCUCUUGAGUAACUCCUCCCCACCGAUAUCACCCGAUGAGAUCGCAGCGGCGGAAGAGCAGCGAAAGGCUUUCUUGCGUCUCACCCUAAAAAGACUCGGGCUUGUCCCGCCGGAGCAAAAAUCAGCGGCCGCCAGCCCGCUGCCGCAGAUUCUAACAAGUGUGCCAUCUAAGGCGUGGAUCGUCGAACGGAUAUUACAUGCGCUCGAAAUUGUUUCACUGGAACAAUCAUAUACCUCGCAAGACAGUAACGACACAUUCGAAUUUCACGCAGCCUCUGAGGAGUGGAAAGUGCUCCAGGACGCACGAGAGUCGGCAACAGAACAGAUACAUCCAACCUCCUGGCAACCGAAAAUUGUGGUUGUCUGUAAAGACGGGGUGAUUCCACCCUCAGCGCGGACGCCACUCUUUGACAUACGCAAGUUCUACGACGAAUUGGACGCUGCGCGACGCUCUUCAAAGUCCUCUGCUCCUGCUGAUGGCUGGGGGAUAGGUGAAGCUUUGCUUUAUGGAGAGGUAGUCACGAGCACGCAGACCUUGCUCGACAAAAAUACGCGUCUUCUGUCCACCGUACCGGCUCCUCUCUUGUCGCUCGCUUCUCACCAGCUCGCAGGAAGGGGCCGUGGCGGGAAUAUCUGGCUGUCGCCGGCGGGUUGCCUUCAAUUUUCCCUUCUCUUGCGGGUGUCCCUUGCACAGCUUCCUGCGCCGCGACUCGUGUUCGUUCAAUACCUCUUUGGGCUCGCUGUCGUCCAGGCAUGCCGCCAGGAUGGCGUGCUGGGCUCAGAAGGGCACCAAAUACGCCUGAAAUGGCCGAACGACAUAUAUGCUGUCCGUGCCGACGGAGAGAAGCGCAAGGUCGGCGGUAUCCUUGUGAACACGAGUUUCUCAAGCGGCCAGGUUGAGAUCGUCAUAGGCUGUGGCUUGAACGUAUACAAUCCACCGCCAAUCCAGUCACUGCUCCAGCUUGUACCCGCCAAUUCUGACUUGCAGCUCAGCAUGGAGCGAACCGCUGCAAUAAUCAUGUCCACUUUCGAGACCAUGUGGGAGACUUUUCUCGUACACAAGGGCUCGUUUGCGCCAUUCAUGGACCUGUACUAUGAUCGGUGGCUGCACUCUGAUCAACUUGUCGAAUUGACCACGACGACCCCUCACCAGAAGGUGCGGAUUAUCGGGAUCACCGGGGACCAUGGAUUGUUGCGCACAAUGCCAGAGAGCGAUGGGUGGUCAAAUGCCGGGUCGUAUAUUGACCUGCAGCCCGACGGAAAUAGUUUCGACCUGAUGGCUGGCUUGAUAAAAACCAAAACGUGAAGUCAAGUAAUCUUUGUCGUUGGCCAAAUACAUCGAGUGACAAUAUGAAUCCAUCCGGUUGACUAUU